CUGAGAAGAUGUUCCUAAACACCAUCUGCACCUUCGUCGUUGUACUGAUGGCGUGCCAUGUGGAGAAAGGAGGUGCUCAACUGCCAUCCUUUACAACUGACUUAUCGCUCUCAACGGGAUGUACUCUACUUGAGGAGGGACCUCAAAUUUCAUUCAAUCUUAUUCGAAGCGGUGGAGCGUUUGGACCUUCAUUUACGACUGAAACACUUGAUGAUUCCGCCACGUUCCCGGCGGAUUAUACCCUUCCGAUGGGAACAUCCGGAACAUUCACUGUCUCACCCAAUUUUGAAAUAGUUAUCGUACCUGUCGAUGAUGGGAUUACAGAGGGCGAGGAGAGCUUCACUUUAAGAUUUUCAGCCAUAGGAUAAACACCACUUGAUGUAUUAUUC